AUGGUCAGCUAUAGCAAGUCAUUUGCCAAAGAGGACCGACAAUGAAAUCAAGAAUUACUGGAACACACAUUUAAAGAAGAGGUUGACUAAAAUGGGUAUUGACCCAACGACCCAUAAACCCAUGAGCCAUGCCCUAAUCUCCCAGCCGAAAGACCUUAGCCACAUGGCUCAAUGGGAGACGGCUCGGCUCGAAGCCGAAUCCAGGAUCGUCCGCGAGUCCAAGCUGGCACUCUCUAACCCUAACCCUAACCCUAAUUAUUAUAAUUACCAUUAUCAUUAUUACAAUAAAACCGCAACCGCCGCAGCCGCUCCUCCACCCCCACCGCCACCGCCACCGCCACGGCCACCGUGUUUGGACAUACUAAAAGUAUGGCAAGGGAUGACGUGGACAAAUCCGAGAAAAGACCAUACCAUGGUUAAUAAUAAUAAUAAUAAUAACAGGGGUUUCACCGCAGAUCACGGCAUGCUAAUGGCUAAUUAUACGCCGGCGCCGCCGCUGAGUGACGGACUAACAAUCCACGAAAGCGCGUUUUUGAACGACGGUCGAGAAACAAGUCAUGAAGAUGAUCAACAGAUAAAGGAAGUUAUCUUCUUCGAGGAUAACAAGGUUACCGACUACUGGAGUAAUAUUCUAAACGUCGUCAAUUCGUCGAUCGAUUUGCACCACUGUUUCUAGCUAGGGCAAGAUUCAUGGAAUUGGGUCCCUUUUAAUUUGAAUUUGUUA